AUGGUUGGUACAUAUGAAGAAAAAAUCUUCAAUAGAAGAAGUGCAAUUAGAGCCAAGAAACUGAGAAGACUUAUUAUUGAUCAUGAAAACUCAAAGCAAGAUGAACAGGAUCAUGUAAUUUCAUCGAUAUUGAGAAUGAAAAUAGUUCAGAUUGCGCUCUUCGCAUUAAUAAGGCAGCAUCAUUCCGAAUAUUGCAGAAUAUGA